AUGCCGAACGGUCCGCCUUGGCAGCUGCUUCUACCGCUACUCUGGUCGUGGGGGCCGCUGCUCCGGAGCGCGGAGGUGAGGACCCGAGGAGCCACAGGAGUUCAAGCCUGGGAGGGCGGCCUCGCCUGUAACGGGUCCUUCGAUAUGUACGUCUGCUGGGACUACGCUGCACCCAACGUCACCGCCCGUGCGUCCUGCCCCUGGUACCUGCCCUGGCACAGCCACGUGGCUACAGGCUUUGUCCUUCGCCAUUGUGGCAGUGAUGGCCAAUGGGGACCUUGGAGGGACCAUUCUCAGUGUGAGGACCCAGAGAAGAAUGGAGCCUUUCAGGAUCAACGGCUGAUUUUGGAGCGGCUGCAGGUCAUGUACACCGUAGGCUACUCCGUGUCCCUGGCCACACUGCUGCUGGCCCUGCUCAUCUUGAGUUUCUUCAGGCGGCUGCGCUGCACUCGAAACUACAUCCACAUCAACCUGUUCACGUCUUUCAUGCUGCGGGCGGCGGCCAUCCUCACUCGAGACCGUUUGCUACCUCCUCCUGGCCCCUACCCUGGGGACCAAGCCCCUGUCCUGUGGAAACCGGCCCUAGCUGCCUGCCGUACGGCCCAGAUCGUGACCCAGUACUGCGUGGGAGCCAACUACACGUGGCUGCUGGUGGAGGGGGUCUACCUACACAGUCUCCUGGUGCUUGUGGGAGGUUCCGAGGGGGGCCACUUCCGCUGCUACGUGUUCCUCGGCUGGGGGGCCCCCGCGCUUUUCGUCAUUCCCUGGGUGAUCGUCAGGUACCUGUACGAGAACACGCAGUGCUGGGAGCGGAACGAAGUCAAGGCCAUUUGGUGGAUCAUACGCACCCCUAUCCUCGUGACUAUCUCGAUUAAUUUUCUCAUCUUUAUUCGCAUCCUUGGCAUCCUCGUGUCCAAACUGAGGACGCGACAGAUGCGUUGCCCGGACUACCGGCUGAGGCUGGCUCGCUCCACGCUGACGCUGGUGCCCCUGCUGGGCGUCCACGAGGUGGUGUUUGCUCCCGUGACAGAGGAACAGGCCCGGGGUGCCCUGCGCUUCGCCAAGCUCGGCUUUGAGAUCUUCCUCAGCUCGUUCCAGGGCUUCCUCGUCGGCGUGGUCUACUGCUUUAUCAACAAGGAGGUGCAGGCGGAGAUCCGCCGCUGCUGGCAUCGCUGUCGCCUGCGCCACAGCCUCGGUGAGGAGCGGCGCCAGCCACCGGAGCGCGCCUCCAGGACCCCGCCGUCGGGCUCAGGCCCUCGCCCGGUCGCCACUGACCGCACCCCGUCCUUGGGGACCCUCCCAGGGCCUGGGAAUGAGGCCAGCCGGGGCUUGGAAAGUCACUGCUAG